UCCCGGUCUCCCUGCCAGGGGUGACCAAACACCCGCAUCCUGGCAAGCCAAACCGGUGGUCCCAGACCCUGCUGGAACCUGGCCCCGGUCCACCCCCUCUCACCUUGUCCAUCGCGGCCUCCACCAGGCUCCACCCCCUCCCCUCCCCCACCUCAUCACACCUGUUUCCUGUAAAGGGAUCUUGAUGGUGGGAAAGUUUCCCACAAAAGCUGGAUGAGAGGCCUAUGGCCCAUCGGGCAGUGCCCACCCUGCAGCGCACUGAAGGGACCAUAACAGCUGCCGGCCCCCAGACUGCACACCGGUGACCAGGGGGCGCUCCCUGGGGGCGGCCUGUCCACUUUAGGACCUUGUGCUCGGCCUGUGGGGGGAGCGUGCCGGGACACACUGGUGACACGCGGGCGACACCCUGGCUCCACGGGGACCCGGGGUGAAGAGUUGGGUCUGGCCACCCCCCCCCCCACAGCCAGGUGAGGGAGCAAGAGGAGGCCCGAGGCCCCUAGCUUCCCCUGGACGCAAGUCCCUGGGGGCAGGCGGAUCCAUGCUGCUGCUUCUGGGCAGAUUCACAGGAGAGAGGGCUCAGCAUGUGCCCGCCUGCAGGCCCGAGCCUCCUGGGAGCUGGCAUCCACCCCGGCCUGUCCACCUGCCUGGCUGGAGGAGGCUGUGGCCCUAAAGGUCUGGCAUGGAGGUCAGGGUGUGCCAGGCGGUGGCCUUGGACGCACUCUGGACUCAGCGGCCAGAGCUGGCCUGGCCAGGAGGGCGAAAGACCCUGAGCACGCCUGCCCCAGUGCCUCUGGGAGCUAGGGUGGCGUGGCCGCCUGGACUUGGCCAGCAGCCUAGUGACCCCCCCGCUUCCCGCUGCCUCCAGGGCCACUCCCUCCCCCGCCUGCCUGCCCUCCCAUUGCCUCCCUUCCGGCCGCCAGCACGCUUAGGUUGACCAGGGCCCGGGCGCGUCCCUGUCUGUGAGGGGAACCACUGGCAAGGGCUCGGGUGGGUCACUCCUUCAAGACUCACAGCCCAGUAAUGAGGCCAGAGAGGACGGGGGCCUCCAGACGGACAGCUGCGCCACCACGCUGCGGCCAGGAAGCCGCCGGGCCGGGACCCCAGAGAGAUCCCUCCAGAAAGGGUUGGCUGAAGGAGCCUGUGUCUGCGGACAGCUCUGGGGGAGCGUGCUGGCUGCCCCAGGCCUCCUCUGAGGAUUGAGGCGAGGAGCAGGCAGUGUGUGGCCGAGAGCCUGCCAUAUUUAGGCCCUUGCUGGCCCGGACAGCACAGAGGCGGCCUCUGCUUCCUGGACGCCUGGACGCGUGGAGGGAGCUCCCUUCCUUCCUCGGAGGCGCAGGCCGAGGGCAGUUUCUCCCUGGGGGACCAGAGGCAGCUCCGUGGCGUCACCCAUGGGCUCCUGUCCUGCGGAGGAUGGCGCAGCCCCGGCCAUCCCCCAGCUGAGGCCGAGCGAGAAGUUCCACCUGUUUGUGAGUUACAGCAGCGUGGACGCCGCGUGGACCCACGGGCUCAUCGGCCGCCUGGAGGCGGACCACGCGGGGCUGAGGGUCUGUCUGCACGAACGGGACUUCAUGCCUGGCAGGAACGUGCUGGAGAACAUGGCAGACUGCAUCCAGCGCAGCCAGAAGGUGCUGCUGGUGCUGAGCCAAGACUUCGUGCAGAGCCGCUGGUGUCUGCUGGAGGCCGACCUGUCCCUCUUCGGCUCCUGCCUGGAGAGAAAGCCGGUCAUCCCUGUCCUGCUGAGCCCCUGCCGGAUCCCGCUGCACCUCAGCCACCUGACCUACCUGGAGGCCACGGACGGCCGCUUCUACCAGAAGGUGGUGCAGCUCCUGUGCACCCCCAACCACCGCGUGGCGCGCCCCCCGGGCCUGCGCGCAGCCCCCACCCUCUACAGCGGGAAGACCCUGCUGUCGCUGGAUUGCGUCAACAGGGAGAGCCUGCCGUCCUGGCGGGUGGGCACCUUCAGCACCCUGGCCGUCCCGGACCCCUUGAGGGAGGUGCUGGAGGACCCCGAGGUGUACAAGCAGGCCCUGGGCAUCCUGAACGGCGUGCGCUCGCCCCGCUCCUGCCUCCGGUACCUGGGCUGCCGAGUCACGCUCGGCGUCAUCCUGAUCCUGCUCUCCAUGGCAUCCGUGUUCCUCCCUCUGGUUCUGGGGAUCCAGGAGAACCACCCGGCGCGGCGGUUUCUCCUGAUCUCGGCCAACGUGUUCUUCUGCCCCCUCCUCAUGGUCUUGAGCGUUAACACCCUGUGCUGGUUCCGGAGGUUCUCCAAGAGGAAGAUGCGGGAGCUGGCCCGCAGCGUCGGGGAGGCCAACCUGCUGCUGGCGCCGCACUCUGUGCUCAUGGGCUGUGACACCCGGAACAAGCUCUACUUCGUGUACGUGCUGCUGGGGGACUGCAGGCAGGCCCUGCUGGGCUCCCCGGAGAACGAGGCCCUCUUCCAGGAGGCCCUGCUGCAGUUCUCGUGCAGCUACGCCUGCUGCCUCGCGCACGCGCACUUCCCGCCCUGCGAGGACACUGUGCUGGCCCCGGGCCACCUGGAGCUGGGCCUGUGCUUCUGCCAGUUUGUCUUCCUGCAGCUGAAGAGACGCGGGGGGCCUGGGGUGAACUCUGUGUAAUGGCUGGAGGCCGGGGCGGGGCUUCUCGUGGGACGUGCCGCGGGCCGGGCGGCGCGCACAGCUGUGCGGAGCAGGGAGACCCCUGGGCCCCUUCCCCAUGCGGGCGCCCACAGCCUGCUCUGAGGGCAGCGGUGACGGCCACCCGCCCACCAGCCCUGGCGCCCUGCCCCAGCCCGAUGGUUUGGGGAGGGGGGCUUUGGUCAAACUACCUGCGCGGAGGCUGGGGAAAGCAGCGGUCUUGCCAUGGGGCCCUGGAGACAGUCACUGCUCCUCUGGAUGGCCGGUUGGUGUCUGGGGCGGGGGUAGAACGCCCCGCCCCCACCUCCUUCUCCUCCAGGAACCUGGCCCUUCUUGUGGGAUGCACACCAGGCCGCCCCAAGGGAACCGGGCUGUCCACCUGCCGGGUCGUACGCGGACUGACUCCAGCCGGGUACCCGGUCUCUCCCCUCCCAGCUGCCCCCCUCCAGCUCCUGAGAGGCAGGCCUCCGCUCUCGUCCUUCGCCUUCUGGAGGAGCCUGUGCCUGAGGCUGCAGCGCCACCUCCGGAGCCCGGCACAGGGCCAGCGUCCAUCCACCCGGCUGCCUCCACUGCUGGCGCUUCUGCUGACGCUGUUCACUGCACAAGGCCGCAGCAUCUGAGGGCUGCGAGGGUGAACUCAUUCCGGGUGGGCGACGUGGCAAGAGUGGCACUGGGGGUCCCGGCUGAGCGGCAUGGCCCCCUCGCUCUGUGCCCACCCAGGCGACAGCCCCCUGUGUGGGGUCCCCUAGGUCCUGGAGCACCAGGGCGGGACAGUGGGGAUGUGCAGUUUCCCAGCCUGUGGAUGAGCAGCUGGCAGAGGCCGAGUCCAGGGCUGGGCAGAUGCCCCUGGCCCCCCGCGGGGAGCCCCUCCCGCGGCCAGGUGCUGCGCUAGUGAGAGCUCAGCUAGGCUCCGGCGUGGUAUCGCUGCCCUGCAGCCCCUUGCUCGGGCCUGGCUGCCUUGCAGUCAGCAAGUGCCGGCCCUGGGCAGCAGCUGCGGAGCCACAGGCAGAAGGGGCUCAGAGUUUCGGCGCCUCUCUCCCAGGCCCUCCCCCGAUGCCCCAGAGCAGACCCCAACCCAGCUCUUUUGGUUGAAUCGUCCACUCCGCCCCCAGCCCGCAGACACUGAUACAGGCCCAGGCCUGGGUCCUGCCCCAGUGGCACUGCCCGACCUUCCCGUGAGCCACAAACACCUGUUUCGUUUUCUCCCGUGGUCUGUUUUUCUCCCGGCUCAGCCUCCAGCACCUGUGCUCCACUUAGUAAGUGGAAAUGGAACAAAAUCCUGACACGAGUCUCCUGCAGGAGGCUGGCACAGCCCAGUCACAUCUGUCCUGGGGCCGGGAUAUAGAAGACCCCUCUCCCGAGGGGCCCGGCCCCUGGGCAGGAGGGUGAGAGGCAGAGAGGAGGGGCUCUGUGCAAGGAGGGGGGCGGCAUAACCAAGCCUCCAGGGGGAGCCCAGACCUGGCAGGCCCCGGAGACGGGCCCUGAUGGCCUCGCAGUGCCAACGGGGCUGGGCUGCCCCACACGUGUAAGGGCUGAGGGCUGGGGAGGCAGCAUGGCCUGGACAUGGCAGAGGGCACUGCCAAGAGGAAGAGCAUCCCGGGAGCCUCAGAGCUCCCUGGAUGGCUUUGGGUUCUUGGGGACAGUGCUGAGCACCAAGACCCACGCGAGGGUCCCAGCACCUGGCCUCUGAGAUGUCCAAGGCAGAGACACCAUCCGGACCCCACGUGGAAAAGGAUCCUGCUGUGUAGCACUGGGAACUAUACGUAGUCACUUAUGAUGGAGCCGGAUCGUGCGAGAAAAAGGAUGUGUACAUGUGCGCAUGGCUGGUCUUCCUGCUGUACAGUAGAAAAUUGACAGAACACUGUAAACCAGCUAUGGUGGAAAAAAUAAAAAUCAUU